AAUCGGUUUACGCAAAACUUCCCCUCCCCUCCUUGAAGAACCAGGGGUACAAUUUUCUCUCACUUAACGGGAAGAGGGAAAGAUGUUGCUGGCGUUGCUCAUCUCCAAUUCCGUGGGAAACAUUCUCGUCGAACGGUAUCAUGGAGUUCCCGCUGAGGAGCGAUUGCAUUGGAGGUCUUUUUUAGUUAAACUAGGAGCAGAUAAUCUUAGAGGUGCGAAAAAUGAAGAGCUCCUCGUGGCUUCUCAUAAGUCUGUUUAUAUUGUUUACACAGUACUCGGAGAUGUCUCAGUUUAUGUGGUUGGAAAAGAUGAGUAUGAUGAACUUGCUUUGGCUGAAGUGAUCUUUGUGAUAACCUCAACAAUCAAGGACGUAUGUGGGAAACCUCCAACCGAACGCUUGUUUCUUGACAAAUAUGGAAGGAUAUGUUUGUGUCUUGACGAAAUAGUUUGGACGGGAAUCCUGGAGAACACGGACAAAGAUCGAAUCAAAAGGCUGAUUAGGUUAAAGCCUCCAACUGAAUUUAGCUGAAGGGAGGAAGCUGCUUGCCAUCUCACUUGUGCGGAUGAUAGUAAACCAGCCAUGAUUAAGGCAAAUGAAUCGCUGUAUCUUGUUAUUUGAAUUGAAACAGUCUUAAUUUUCAGUUUGUGCUCCAUUUCUUUUUUUCUCUGUUUGGGGUCUGUAACACAAACAAAGUACAAAAAAAUCAUUAAUAACGCUUGGGUUUUGUUUC